CGGCGGAAAAAGGGAAGAACAAUAAAUGUGGCUGUGAGCAUGCGCAGUAGUGUCUUUCACAUGGGUCCUAGUUUGAUGGCAACGCAUGCGCAGAGGACAGUACAGAAUUCAGCGGGGAUUAACGAGGCAGAGGCCCUUCCGACACCCAAACAACACUGGAUAUCCUGGGAUCAUGGCUUUCAGAAGUAUGAGCAGUAAGAAACAUAUUGGACUUCAGCAGCUUUCAGCUUUGGCAUCCACUGGAAGGACCCUUUUAGGACCAGUGAAAUCACUCAAAUUUAUAGUUGAUGAAAGUACUCCGGGAGGUAUAUUGAUUUGUUCUGCAAUGAGACUUCUAGAAAACUUGGAUUUAAAUAGUGCCAUGGGGCAGCUUCUUAAUGAGACUAUCCAGGCACAGGAUAAAGAAUAUAAAACUGGGACGACUACCCUAUUUUUUCUAGUUAGCGCAUGGAGCAAUGCUGUCCUUGAAUGCCUUCAGCAGGAUGUUCCUCUUUCAGUAAUAGUAUCUGUGAUGUCUGAAAGUAUGCAAUCUUGCAUUGAACAUGUCCAGGGCCUUGUGUUAUCGCUGCAUGAUAUACACCAAAAACGAGAUGAUAUUCCUAUAGAAUGUGAAGACAAGGUAUCAACAGUUGUUGACAUCGGUUGUAGCAUCUCUGGAACACAGACUGUGGAAAUGGAAAACCCAGAUCUCAAAAGAAACAGCGCUAUUUUAAAUCCACGUGUACAACUGUAUGAUUGUGGGGGGAAAUCAGAAGGUAUCUUCAUUGAGAAAGCAAGCAUGUGCAAUUCUUGGGGAAAGUGUGGGCAUCAAGAACUAUUUGGUAACACACCAUUUUCAUCAGCUAAAUCAGUAGAUACCAGUUGUAUUUUCGCAGGAUGCAAAACUGCCAUCGACAAAGAACACAGUUCGCAAAAUUGUCAAUCUGGGGUAUCAAACUGCAACCAAAGAUCAAAAGUAACCCAUAGUAGAUACUUCAGUAAUAUAAAGGAAAUAUCUUUACCCCGGGAAUUAAACCAAUCCAAAAAACAUUUUGAUGAGCUCUGUGAACUAGCAAUGUCACUUAGCCAUGGAAGCUGGCCUGCCAUGAAGUUGGUGCAGGAUGUUCUCAGCUACCAGUUGCAUAGUAUCAACAAAAUGGCUCAUCCUUUCCAAUUUAACCUUUCAGAGGUUGUGACUCGUUGUUUACCAGGUGUCUCUGAAAUCCAUUCUUGUGUUUAUCCUGGGUACGCAACUUUAAUAUGCCCAGAGAAAGUGGCUAUUGCGAAGAGGCUCUAUCAGGAUCAGCCUCUUCGUGUUAUUCUUGUAGAUGGGGACCUAACCGAAACCUAUCACCAUUUGGGCUUUAACAAGCCACAGAAUGUAAGAAUCCUCUUUGAAAGUGCAUCUGAUCUGGAAAACAGCCUGAGAUCGUGGGUGGAUUCUACACUAGAUAUUCUGAUUCAGUUUGGGAUAAAUUUAGUUUUGGUACAAGGUGCGAUGUGUAGAAGUUUGGAACAGCGCUGUCUGAUGAAUAACAUAUUGGUGGUUAACGGAGUUGCUCACAAUGCAUUGAGGGCUUUUGGUGCUAUUACAGGCACGGAAUGGGUGACCUAUCUCACCCAGUUGAAUGAACAUUGUAUUGGCAAAGGUGUCUACAUGAAGCUUUGUGAAACUCCGGAGUCAAGUGGGAUGGAGCUGAAUGGCCAAAUGCUGGUUUCUUUAAUAGCAAAAGGAAUUGCCCUGACGACCGUUGUGCUUGGUUGCUCUGUUAUGUCCAAGAUGCAAGCCACUGAAGAUAACUUUUGGACAUGUGCUUCCCGUGUGCAUCAUGCUCUUCUUGACCAAGCAGUUUUUCCAGGAGGUGGCACUGUGGAAUUCCUAUGUCUCAGUUAUCUUGGAAACUUGGAGAAAGCAACCAAAUUUUCUAAGGGAGAGUUUAAUGCUGGCAUCUCUUGGCUUGGAAAAUCUUCAGAACAAUAUCAACCUUUGGUGCUCAGUGCUUUGGCACGUGGUUGGCACCAGUACCUUUGCACUAUUAUGUGCAACACCACAAAAUGCACAUCUGAAUUGGAAGCUAGCACAUUCAUACAACAGCAUCUCCAGAAAGCAGCAGCCUGUGAUUCUCCAGCAGCGUACAUACUAGAUGAGUUUAAGGAGGGCAGGAUGGGAGUCGCAAGCAUUGAAUAUGUUGGGAUGCAUGGAAAGGCUCCCAAAGUGUAUGAUAAUGUUAGGGCUAAGACAGAAGCAUGGCAAAGGGCUCUAGAUUUGGUGCUCUUAGUGCUUCAGACAGAUGCUGAAAUUAUCACAGGCCCUCAGAGAGAUCAAUUGCUCAAGUCACAAGUCACAAGUGAGUUCCUGUUUUUGUAGGAACAUGUACAUCUGCUAAACAUUACAGAAGAUUAAAAUGGUCAGUAUUUUGCAAGAAGAAAAGUAAGCAUAUAAUAGGAAAACAAAAUUUAAAAUUGUGUAUUUUAGAAGUUAAAAAUUGUGUCAUCCAUAGCAAUCAUUUUAAUGGGGUGCAUCUGCACUGUAGACUUAAAAUACUUUGACAUCACUUUAACUGACAUGCCUCAAUGCUGUGGAAUCAUGGGAGUUGUAGUUUUACAAUGUCUUUAGCUCUUCCAAACUACGACUGCCAGGGUUCCAUAGCACUGAGCCAUUGCAGUUAAAGUGGUGCCAAACUGCAUUAAUUCUUCAGUAAUAGAUUACACUUGGUCUGGGGUGUUAUCAUUGUUCAGUCUAUUUGCCACUGAUCACUAUUAUGGGUGUAGACCUUAACCCAGUACAAAAUAUUGACUACUCAUUUCGGUGAACUAACCUCCCUUCCAAUUCUGAUCAUUUGAUUCCCAUUAAGCUAAGGAUAUCUUGUUACUUUGUGUUCAAUGUUCUUUUAAACACAAACUUGAUAUUACUGUUUGUAACUAUAAAAUAAAUAAAUAAAUAAAUAAUAAUAAUAACACUUUAUUUAUAUCUCGCCACCAUCUCCCACAAAACAUAGGCAAUAAACAGUCAACACAACAUCAUAAAUUCACUUGUUGCAUAUUGCUGUAAUUUUGUUUUAAAGAUUGCUUCGACGUCUGCUUGAAGUCUACCAUUCCUUUUUUGUACUGCAAUUUCCAGAAUCCUCCAGCCAGGAAAGAGUUGUCCAAAAACGUUUUUCAGGUUCUGGGUGGCUGCUAUGGGUUGGGUGGGUCUGCCUUGAAACUGGAAUCUUGGUCAUUACCCAAGGAUGCCAAAUACUGGUGCCAACUCUGCUACUAGGAAAGUUCUGCUCAAGCCCAGUUACAGCUAAUUAAAUUGCUACUCUGUUUGCCAAGACAACAGCUAUAACAGCUAGAAUAGCACAGUAGCUGAAAAACUGGCAUAGAACUAGCUGGAUUUAGGGAAAGCUCUUUUUCUAGACGUGCAACAGUUCGCCAGCCUGCAAUGUGGGAAUAAUAACACGAGAUCUACUUUGUUCUAAGACUCUGGACAGGAAGGAUAUAUACUUAGAAAUGAAGUAUGAGAACAGGAAUGUGUUUGGAGCACUAAAACUGAACUGAGCUCACUGUCAUUCCAUGCAGGUAUUCAGUCCUGGUUAUGCUAAGUUUUCCUUGUUUCAGAAGUGCAGUAACCUUAGCAUUUGCUGCUGCUGUUACUACACAAAUGGGAAUUGGGAAUCUUGGCUGGUCUACAAAUCACUGAUAGAUCCAGGUCUACCUUCUGCCUGCUAGAAAGGGAGGAGUAAGCAACCUUUUGUAAUCUUGAGGGACCGAUUCCUUGCAGAUCAAUCCACUAGGACAGUGGUUCUCAACCUUUGGGUCCCCAGGUGUUUUGGCCUACAACUCCCAGAAAUCCCAGCCAGUUUACCAGCUGUUAGGAUUAUGGGAGUUGAAGGCCAAAACAUCUGGGGACCCACAGAUUGAGAACCACUGCACUAGGAGCUGUCUGCCAUGGUGGUUGGUGCUGAAGGCUGGUGAGGCAGGAGCCAAGACAAAAUUCCUUCAGCCUUCUUCAGGUCUGUUUCUGUUGUGUCUUCCCUACACUCUGACUCCUCCCACACCUUUCAGAUGCUGGGAAAGGGUUAGAGUGGUUUUGCAGCAACCCAAAUUGAUCAUUAGCAGAGAGAUGUUAAAAUUACUCCACCAGAUGCUUAUAGAAUCAUAGAGUUGGAAGAGACCACAUGGACCAUCCAGUCCAACCCCCUGCCAUGCAGGAAAAAUAACCAAAGCACCACCCAUCAUCUGUUUAAAAGCUUCCAAGGAAGGAGCUUCCAACACACCCCAAGGCAGAGAGUUCCACUGUUGAACAGCUCUCACAGGAAGUUCUUCCUAAUGUUCAGGUGGAAUCUCCUUUCGUGUAAUUUGAAUCAAUUGUUCCAAAUUCUAGCUUCCAGGACAGCAGAAAACAAGCCUGCUCAAUCUUUCUUAUGACAUCCUUUCAAAUAUUUAACUUGUCUCCUUUCACCCUUCUCUUUUAUAGCUAAACAUACCCAGCUCUUUAAGACGCUCCUCAUAGAGUAUGGUCUCCAUACCUUUGAUCAUUUUAGUCUCCCUCCUCUGGACACCUUCCAACUUCUCAAUAUCUCUUUUGACCUGUGGUGUCCAGAAUUGGACAAAAAAUUCCAGAUGAGGUCUAACCAAAGAAGAAUACAAAGGUACCAUGACUUCCCUUGAUCUAGACACUAUACUAUUUUUGAUGUAGCCCAAAAUCCCUUUGGCAUUUCCAGCUGCUGCAUCACACUGUUGGCUCAUGUUGUCCGUGAAGACUCUAAGAUCUUUUUCACAUGUACUGUUGUUGAGCAAGGUGUCACCCAUUCUGUAUCUGUGCACUUCAUUUUUCUGCCCAAGUGUAGUAUCUUACAUUUGUCAUUGUUGAAAUUGAUUUCGAUAGCUUUGGCAUAGCCCUCUAAUCUGGUAUUCUGAAUACUUAUCCUGUCUUCUGGAAUAUUAACUAUCUGUCCUAAUUUGGUGUCAUGAGCAAAUUUGAUAAGUAUGUCCUCUACAUCUUCAUCCAAGUCAUUAAUAAAGAUGUUGAACAGAACUGGGCCCAGGACCAAACCCUGCAGCACCCCACUAAUCAUUUCUUUCCGGGAUGAAGAGGAAGCAUUGGUGAGCACCCUUUGGGCUUGGUCACUUAACCAGUUACAAAUCCACCUAACUGUAGUAUGGCCUAGCCCACAUUUUACUAGUUUGUUUGCAAGUAGAUCAUGGGGAACCUUGUGAAAUUAAGACAUGUUUUAUCCACAGCAUUCCCUUCAUCUACCAAGCUUGUAACUCUAUUGAGAAAAGAGAUAGGAUUCAUUUGGCAUGACAUGUUUUUGAGAAAUCCAUGCAGACUGCCUCCUUAAUGAUCUGCUUGAGAAUCUUUAGGUAUUGAUGUUAGGCUGACUAUACAGUAGUUGUUUGCAUCCUAUUUUUUCCCUUCUUGAAGAUAGGGACAACAAUGGAUUUAAACUGCAGGAAAAGUGAUUCCACCUAAGCAUUAGGAAGAACUUCCUGAUAUGAGCUGUUUGAUAGUGGAAUAUGCUCCCUCAGAGUGUGGUGGAGUCUCCUUCUCUGGAUGUUUUAAAGCAGAAGCUGGGUGGCCAUCUGCCAAGAGUUCUUUGAUUGUGUGUUCCUGCAUGUUAAGGUGUUGGACUGGAUGGCCCUUGUGAUCUCUUCCUACUCUGGGAUUAUAUGAUUCUAUAAGCAUGAGAACUGGACAAGGAAUAUGUCCCUGUUGGUUCUGCUGGAUUUCUCUGUAGUUUUUGAGUUUGCUCAGACGCUCAGAGGAUCCGGAGAGAUGCCCCAUUCAGCUCUACCACCAUCACAUAAAGUAUCAGUUGGUGGAGAUGAAAGAAAGGACCUUUUUGGUGGCUGCCCCUUGGCUCUGAAACUCCUUGCUAAGGGUGGCCAGAAUGUUCUCCACUUUAUCUUUUUUGUUGUCUAGCAAUUUUUUUAUUUUUAGCAGUUUUUUUAAUUCAGAACAUUUUUAAAGAGCAGACUGGGGUAUUUUAACCUCAACUAUUUUUAAAUAUUUGUCUUUUAUAUAAUAACGUUCUGAACAAUUUUAAUAUUAUGAUUGUUUAAUACCAUUUUAAUGUUUUUAGUCAUUUUUUAAAAAAGUAUGCUGUCUUGAGCCCUAAUUUUGGAAUAAAGGAUAUAAAUAAUAA